CGGUGCCGGCAGGGGGCGGCCGUAUGGCGGCGACGGCGCUCCGCCUGUGCCGCGCUGCGCGCCCGCUGCCGGCUGCUGCUGCCGCCGCGGCCCGAAACACGGCUCCAGCCCCGCGGCCGCCUCCGCGCCUCUCCGCCUCCUCCUCUUCCUCAUCCGCCUCCUCCUCUGCUUCCCGCCACUCUCCGCCGCAGCCCGUCAUGCAGGCCUUCCAGUACCCCGAGGUGUACCGCGACGAGACCGCCGUGUCGGAUUACCAUGGAUGUAAAAUCAGCGAUCCGUACUGCUGGCUUGAAGAUCCCGAUAGUGAACAGACGAAGGCAUUUGUGGAGGCUCAGAACAAGCUGACAGUACCCUUUCUCGAGCAGUGUCCUGUCAGAGGACUGUUCAAGGAGCGAAUGACAGAACUCUAUGAUUAUCCUAAGUACAGCUGCCACUUCAAGAAAGGAAAAAGAUAUUUCCACUUCUACAAUACAGGGCUCCAGAAUCAGCGAGUUUUAUACGUACAAGACUCCUUGGAUGCCGAAGCCAAAGUUUUUCUUGAUCCAAAUAAGCUUUCUGAUGAUGGCACUGUGGCCUUACGAGGUUAUGCAUUCAGUGAAGAUGGUGAAUAUUUUGCAUAUGGCCUGAGUUCUAGUGGCUCUGAUUGGAUUACUAUCAAGUUUAUGAAAGUAGAAGGUCCUGAGGAUCUCCCAGAUACACUGGAGAGAGUUAAAUUCAGUUGCAUGGCAUGGACCCAUGAUGGAAAAGGCAUGUUCUAUAACUGCUACCCAGAACAAGAUGGGAAAAGUGAUGGCACUGAGACCUCCACUAAUCUUCAUCAAAAGCUGCAUUAUCACGUAUUAGGAACUAACCAGUCAGAAGAUAUCCUAUGUGCUGAAUUUCCUGAUGAACCAAAAUGGAUGGGUGGAGCUGAGGUGUCGGAUGAUGGUCGAUAUGUCUUGCUGUCUGUCAGAGAAGGCUGUGAUCCGGUGAACAGACUGUGGUACUGUGAUCUACAGAAAGAGUCUCAGGGUAUAACAGGAAUUCUUCAGUGGGUGAAGCUGAUAGAUAACUUUGAGGCUGAGUACGAGUAUGUCACCAAUGAAGGAACAGUGUUCACUUUCAAGACAAACCGCCAUUCUCCAAAUUAUCGGUUAAUCAACAUUGACUUCAGUGAUCCAGAGGAAUCCAAAUGGAAAGUACUCGUCCCUGAACAUGAAAAAGAUGUUCUAGAAUGGGUUGCUUGUGUGAGGUCCAAUUUCCUGGUUUUGUGCUACCUGCAUGAUGUGAAGAAUAUCCUGCAGCUUCAUGACCUAGCCACUGGUGCACAUCUCAAGACUUUUCCCCUAGAAGUUGGUAGUAUUGUGGGAUAUAGUGGCCAAAAGAAGGACACUGAAAUAUUCUACCAGUUUACUUCCUUUUUAUCUCCAGGUAUUAUAUAUCACUGUGAUCUGACCAAAGAGGAACUGGAGCCAACAGUUUUCCGAGAAGUGACUGUUAAAGGAUUUGAUCCUUCGGUUUACCAGACAAUUCAGGUUUUCUACCCUAGCAAAGAUGGCACUAAGAUUCCAAUGUUUAUUAUUCACAAGAAAGGAAUUAAAUUAGAUGGUUCUCAUCCUGCCUUCUUGUAUGGAUAUGGAGGCUUCAACAUAUCAAUUACACCAAGCUACAGCGUGUCAAGACUUAUCUUUGUGCGACACCUGGGAGGUGUUCUAGCAGUGGCAAACAUCAGGGGUGGGGGCGAAUAUGGAGAGACCUGGCAUAAAGGUGGUAUCUUGGCCAACAAACAAAAUUGCUUUGAUGACUUUCAGUGUGCCGCCAAAUACCUCAUCAAGGAAGGCUACACAUCCCCAAAGAAGCUGACUAUUAAUGGAGGAUCAAAUGGGGGCCUCUUAGUUGCUGCCUGUGCUAAUCAGCGCCCUGACCUGUUUGGUUGUGCUAUUGCCCAAGUGGGAGUGAUGGACAUGCUCAAAUUCCACAAGUACACCAUCGGCCAUGCUUGGACCACUGACUAUGGUUGCUCCGACUGUAAAGAGCAGUUUGAAUGGCUGCACAAGUACUCUCCACUUCACAAUGUCAAACUACCAGAAGAAGAUGGCAUCCAGUAUCCGUCCACGCUGCUUCUCACAGCAGACCACGAUGACCGUGUGGUCCCUCUGCAUUCGCUGAAGUUCAUCGCUACCCUGCAGUACAUUGUGGGCCGAAGCAGUAAACAAACCAAUCCACUUCUCAUCCAUGUUGACACCAAGGCUGGGCAUGGAGCAGGAAAGCCAACUGCUAAAGUUAUAGAAGAAGUGUCAGAUAUGUUUGCUUUUAUAGCACGGUGUCUAAAUCUUGAGUGGAUUGAAUAGGCAAAUUGCUUGUUACUGUCUCCUUUAGAAAACAAGGGCUUUAACAUUUAAGAACAGCCACGUUACUACUUGGUGUAGUACUUACAUUUAAGAACUACAGUUUAAUUAUUGAUCCAACCUGCUAUGGAAUUUUGAUCUUCUGUGCUUCCCUCUUUUUGGCAUUUCUUUGAUUUUUUUAUUUUCUACUGCAUUCCAAAUUCCAUUUUGAAAAGCAUGUUCAAAAAAAUAGCUGAGCUACUCUCAGUACUGUUGUGAAAAUUUAGAUUUCAAAAUUAGUGCUAGUUGAGCUUAUUUCCUGUAAACAAUUUUAAUGUAUUUCACCUAUAAACAUAUCCAGAUCAUUUGUAAUUAAAUGUAAGUACUGU